CCUCAUGGGCUAUUGACCCGUAGCCCUUGCGGGCUACGGGUGUAAUUGUUAAUUAUCCCUUCGUAUUCAACUGUCGUUUUCCUUUUGUUACCGCGUUAGUCUUGUAGAGGACUGCAGUUAGUGGAAAAAAUAUUUGCGGAUAAUUAAUUUUGUCUUUUCUCAGAUCUCAGAAAUGGAAAAAAAAUAUUAUGGUAGCUUCUUUUGUUUGUGUCGUUCAACAUGGCCGCCUCACUUUAAAUUUCCCACCUUUUGUUCAAUUGACCAAUCACAAUCGCGAACGACCUCGGUUUGAAGGCUAACUGCCACUCAAUGUAUGCAAGAAGUACGCGAUCGAUCGAGUCAUUCGAUGUGUUCUGUUACUGGUUCUGCGGAGGAUUUUAGAUUUAUGGCGGGAAUUUAGUCGACACACCAACUUCAAUCUCUGAUUCUUCACGACGUUGGAAGCUGUUUUCCGCGAUGAGUUGGGCAAAGGAAGAAUGGAAGCAGGGAUUAACUGCGAACGUUCUUAAAAAUGUCUUUGAUCUCGAGCAGCGAUGUGAAACGUUGCAGAAAGAGAGCAAGCAGCGGCAGUUUCAAAUGGAGAGUCUACAGGCUGCUCUCGCAAAGCAGAAAAAGCUGACAGAAGACGAGAAAGCGAAUGCUUUGUCUUUCAAGAAGGAAAAUCAUUCCCUGAGUGAAUCUAUUCAAGAGUUAGAGCGAAGCCGGGAGAAGAAUUUACACGAUUUGAACGCCAAGGAAGGACAGAUUCGUUGCCUCGAUGGAAAGCUUUCUCGCUGUCAGCAGAUGCUGGAAGCUGAAACUGCCAGCAAUUUGCAGCUAAAGAACGAUCUAGAUCAUCUACAGCACGAUCAAAAUCAACUUGCGUCAAAAUUUGAAAAGCAAGCAGCUGAUUUCUCUAAACUGAAAGAAGCUAACAACCUUUUACAGAGACAGGUAGCAGGUCAUAGAGAGCAAGUGAGGGUAUUAGAAAAUCAAUUGAAAAGCCUUGGAGAGGAGCCAAAUUCAAGAGCAAAAACAAGUUCAUCUGGGUCAGAUUCAGAAGUCGAAUGUCAGUCUGGCCAAGAGAGCAAACUCAAGGAACUUCAAACAAACCUUGAGCAAGAGAGAGAACAACGUUGCAAGGUUGAGAAUGAACUUUGUCAACUUAAAGCCAAUGCUCCUAAAAUUAAUACUGAGGAAUCUCUUCCUUCCACUUCAGAAAUGAAAGACUCAACCUUGGAAGUUCAAUUACAAUCUAAAAUCACAGAACUAGUUACUGCAAAUGAAAAAAUAGCAGCAAAAGACGUUGAACUUCAAGAAAAGAUUACACAAUUGAAGGAGAUCUCAGAAUGCUUCCACAGAAAGGAGAAUGAAAUUUCAGAGAUGACUGCAAGGCUGGCAGAGAUCUCCAAGAUUAAAUCUCAAUUAGAUGAAGCAAAUGCUCAUGUAGAUGCCUUAGAAAAAAGAGCCAGACAGAGGGAACUGGAUAUGGACUGUCAGCGCCAUAAUUCGGAAGCUGUUAUCAAAGGAAUGGAUGAGAAAUUAAAGGAAAAAGAUAAAGAACACAGACAAGAGCUGCUUUCCCAGUCGCAGGCCAUUUAUGCAUUGGAAAAACAGUGUGCCGAUCUGGAGAAGGCGUCCAGUACUCUGCAGAAUAAGUUUGACAACAGUCAGAAGAUGAUAGAAGCAAAAGAACACGACAUUGUUAGGUUGAAAGCAAGCCUGAGUGAAGCAGAAAACAGAAGUAACCAACAGAGCACUCAUCAUGAUAACAGGUUCAUGGAAUUACAGCAAAAAGUAAAAGAGCAGCAGGAAGAAUAUGUCAAGAUAAAGCAGGAAUUAGAUGAAACCAAAGUGAUUCUAAGGGAAAAAGAGAUGAAAAUUACUCAUUUAAACAGAAGCAUAGAAGAGCUGAAUCACACCAUUCAAGAAAAGGAGAAAGAACUGAGUUUCAAAGAGAACGAAAUUCGGGAGGCUCAGGGUGAAGACAACAAAAAACUAGCAUCAGCAAUGGAUGGGAUUUCUCUGUUAAAGAAACAGAAAGCUGACAUGGAAGCAGAAAACCAGAAAACACUGCAGAAAAUCUCAGAUGAAGCUACCACAGCUGUAAAGGAGCUUGAACUUGAACGACAAGAAGUCGUGAAGCUAAAGGAAAGAGUGGUUUACUUGGAGAAUGUUGUUGCUGGCAAGGAGAAAGAAAGCCAGUAUAGUGAAGACUCCUACAAGAUGUUGUGUGGGAAGCUGGAAGCAGCAGAGAUAGAUUUGGCCAAUAGCAAGGUGGAAUGGGCCAAGGAGAAGACUGUUUGGGAGGAAAAAGAAAGAUCUUUACAGAGCACCCUUGAAGCAAUGAAGAAUGACUCCAAAGCUAUGCAACAUGACUACAAGAAAGCUUGUGAGCUAGCUGAUAUGAAGUCUGCCGAGACCACUGACUUGGUUGAUAAGCUAGAAUCAUCUCAGAAGCACGUGCGUGAGCUUCAACAAAGACUGAGUCGCACUGAGACAGUUCUGAAGGAAAAAGAAAGCUCUGUAAGCUUCAUGAUGCAAGAAAAAGAGGGAUGGUUGAAAGAACAAAAACGUCGAGAAGAAGAAGCAGAAAAGAAGAAGGAAGAGCUAGAACAAUUAUAUGCUGACAGAACAACAGAAACCGAGAGACUGAAAGAAGUAUUAGAGUCUGCCAACGUGAAAUUGGAUGCAUCUAUGGCUAAAUGCACAGAAAAAGAAACUGAGAUGCAAAAACUGUCUACAACACUAGGAAAUGUCGAAUCGCAGUGUCAGGAACUACAAAAUUCUCUGCAAACAUAUGAAGAAAAUUUGACAAACAGUAAAGAAAUGUUGAAGAGGAAAGAGGUUCAUAUUCAGGAAAUCUCAGUUGAGUUAGAAUCAAAGGAGAAAGUUUUAUGUGAGUUGAAGCAGCAAAAUACAGAGACUCUAGCAAAACUGAAUGAAUUAGAGAAAGUUCACAGUUUCCUUAAAGUACAAAAAGAUGAAGAUCUCAAACUUAUUACGAGCAAGGAUGAAGAAAUUGCAUCAUUAGUGAAAGAGCUUAACGAGAUUCAAGGUGUUACUGAGAAGAAACUUGCCGAGAUAAAUGAACAGUCCAUUGCAACCCGGAAUGAGAUUGUGUUCUUGCAAGAAAACAAAGCAAACUUGGAAACAUUACUUCAGAACAGGGAGGUAGAGUUGUCAGCAGUCAAACAAGAAUCGAAGAGCUGCAGUGAAGAACUGGCCUUACUUCAGCAGCGUCUUGCAUCACAGGAGGAACUGGCUAAGGAAACUGGAAACGAAAAUGCAAAGUUGAUUAUUGAUCACAAACAAAUGUCUGAUGUUCUGACUACCACCAAAGCAGAGUUAGACGAAGUUUCCAAGAAUCUUAGACAACUGCAAUCUAAACAUCAGUCUGUUCUAGAACAGAAUAAUCUGGAAUUAGAGCAACUUAAGAGAGAAGAGGCAAGCUUGAAGGAAAGACUUAAACAAGUAAGUACUGUUGCAGAGAGUAAAACAGAGGAGUUAAAGACCAUCACAACUCAGUUCGAAGCUGCAGAAGCAGAGAGAAUAGAGUUAAGCUCCAUGCUAGAUGAACUUUGUAACACUAAUUUCAAAUUGGAGGAUCAAGUUACAGAGAAGACCACUCAACUGGAGAAAGUAACGGAAGUUAUUAAAACAAAGGAUGAAGAGCUGUUGAACCAAUCAAAGAUUAUAACUACCCUUGAGAAAGCUAAGGCUGAGGGUGAAGGAAGGAUUAAGGAACAAUGUACUCUACUAGAAGGCCAAGUGUCUUCGUUACAGGAGAAGUGCUCUCAGUUAGAAGUAUGUAUUGAAAACAAAAAUAAUGAGGUUAGCAGUGCAGUAGAAAAGACACAUCAGCUAACUAGUGAGCUGCUUAAUCUCCAAGAUGAGCUUGCAUCAAAAGGAGAGCUGAUUGAAGGAAUGGAGAAAGAGAAGGCAGCACUAGCAGAAAAUCUCCAGUACAAAACAACAGCCCUUGAAAAUAAGGAAAGAGAAUUGAAAGACGUUUCUGACAGUCUUCUGGACUUAAAAACAAAUGGACAAUCAGUUCAUGAGACAACACUUACAGAACUAGAAACCAUCACGAGAGAAGCUGCUUGUGUAACAGAGAAAUUCAAGCAAAGUGCUCUGGCCAUCGAGAUGAAAGAUCAAGAGCUUGAGAACUUAAGAAAGCAGCUUCAAAAUGUAGACAAGGAGAAACAAGAUUUGAGUGUAGAGUCACAGGCACUCCAUGACAAGAAUGUACAACUGACACAGAAGAUUUCAGACCUUCAGAACAACAUGGAGCAAAGUGCUGCAGCUAUUGACAUGAAAGAUCAAGAGGUUCAGAGCAUAACAAAGCAACUUCAAAUCGCACAGGAGGAAAAAGAAACCCUCGGUUCUGAGACACAACAACUCCAUGACAAGAAUGCAGUCCUGGCAGAAACGAUUGCCAAACUCCAGAACAAUGUGGAAAGGAUAUCAAGUGUGCUGCAAGGCAAGGAGGAAGAAUUAUUGACGAAGUCCUGUAAGCUGAAGGAAAUGGAAACUUCUGGUGACCAACAGAUGACAGAGUUGGAAGGCAAGUGUUCAGCUCAAGAAAGUAAGANUGGAUGGUUCUCAGAAUCUCUUCCUUCCACUUCAGAAAUGAAAGACUCAACCUUGGAAGUUCAAUUACAAUCUAAAAUCACAGAACUAGUUACUGCAAAUGAAAAAAUAGCAGCAAAAGACGUUGAACUUCAAGAAAAGAUUACACAAUUGAAGGAGAUCUCAGAAUGCUUCCACAGAAAGGAGAAUGAAAUUUCAGAGAUGACUGCAAGGCUGGCAGAGAUCUCCAAGAUUAAAUCUCAAUUAGAUGAAGCAAAUGCUCAUGUAGAUGCCUUAGAAAAAAGAGCCAGACAGAGGGAACUGGAUAUGGACUGUCAGCGCCAUAAUUCGGAAGCUGUUAUCAAAGGAAUGGAUGAGAAAUUAAAGGAAAAAGAUAAAGAACACAGACAAGAGCUGCUUUCCCAGUCGCAGGCCAUUUAUGCAUUGGAAAAACAGUGUGCCGAUCUGGAGAAGGCGUCCAGUACUCUGCAGAAUAAGUUUGACAACAGUCAGAAGAUGAUAGAAGCAAAAGAACACGACAUUGUUAGGUUGAAAGCAAGCCUGAGUGAAGCAGAAAACAGAAGUAACCAACAGAGCACUCAUCAUGAUAACAGGUUCAUGGAAUUACAGCAAAAAGUAAAAGAGCAGCAGGAAGAAUAUGUCAAGAUAAAGCAGGAAUUAGAUGAAACCAAAGUGAUUCUAAGGGAAAAAGAGAUGAAAAUUACUCAUUUAAACAGAAGCAUAGAAGAGCUGAAUCACACCAUUCAAGAAAAGGAGAAAGAACUGAGUUUCAAAGAGAACGAAAUUCGGGAGGCUCAGGGUGAAGACAACAAAAAACUAGCAUCAGCAAUGGAUGGGAUUUCUCUGUUAAAGAAACAGAAAGCUGACAUGGAAGCAGAAAACCAGAAAACACUGCAGAAAAUCUCAGAUGAAGCUACCACAGCUGUAAAGGAGCUUGAACUUGAACGACAAGAAGUCGUGAAGCUAAAGGAAAGAGUGGUUUACUUGGAGAAUGUUGUUGCUGGCAAGGAGAAAGAAAGCCAGUAUAGUGAAGACUCCUACAAGAUGUUGUGUGGGAAGCUGGAAGCAGCAGAGAUAGAUUUGGCCAAUAGCAAGGUGGAAUGGGCCAAGGAGAAGACUGUUUGGGAGGAAAAAGAAAGAUCUUUACAGAGCACCCUUGAAGCAAUGAAGAAUGACUCCAAAGCUAUGCAACAUGACUACAAGAAAGCUUGUGAGCUAGCUGAUAUGAAGUCUGCCGAGACCACUGACUUGGUUGAUAAGCUAGAAUCAUCUCAGAAGCACGUGCGUGAGCUUCAACAAAGACUGAGUCGCACUGAGACAGUUCUGAAGGAAAAAGAAAGCUCUGUAAGCUUCAUGAUGCAAGAAAAAGAGGGAUGGUUGAAAGAACAAAAACGUCGAGAAGAAGAAGCAGAAAAGAAGAAGGAAGAGCUAGAACAAUUAUAUGCUGACAGAACAACAGAAACCGAGAGACUGAAAGAAGUAUUAGAGUCUGCCAACGUGAAAUUGGAUGCAUCUAUGGCUAAAUGCACAGAAAAAGAAACUGAGAUGCAAAAACUGUCUACAACACUAGGAAAUGUCGAAUCGCAGUGUCAGGAACUACAAAAUUCUCUGCAAACAUAUGAAGAAAAUUUGACAAACAGUAAAGAAAUGUUGAAGAGGAAAGAGGUUCAUAUUCAGGAAAUCUCAGUUGAGUUAGAAUCAAAGGAGAAAGUUUUAUGUGAGUUGAAGCAGCAAAAUACAGAGACUCUAGCAAAACUGAAUGAAUUAGAGAAAGUUCACAGUUUCCUUAAAGUACAAAAAGAUGAAGAUCUCAAACUUAUUACGAGCAAGGAUGAAGAAAUUGCAUCAUUAGUGAAAGAGCUUAACGAGAUUCAAGGUGUUACUGAGAAGAAACUUGCCGAGAUAAAUGAACAGUCCAUUGCAACCCGGAAUGAGAUUGUGUUCUUGCAAGAAAACAAAGCAAACUUGGAAACAUUACUUCAGAACAGGGAGGUAGAGUUGUCAGCAGUCAAACAAGAAUCGAAGAGCUGCAGUGAAGAACUGGCCUUACUUCAGCAGCGUCUUGCAUCACAGGAGGAACUGGCUAAGGAAACUGGAAACGAAAAUGCAAAGUUGAUUAUUGAUCACAAACAAAUGUCUGAUGUUCUGACUACCACCAAAGCAGAGUUAGACGAAGUUUCCAAGAAUCUUAGACAACUGCAAUCUAAACAUCAGUCUGUUCUAGAACAGAAUAAUCUGGAAUUAGAGCAACUUAAGAGAGAAGAGGCAAGCUUGAAGGAAAGACUUAAACAAGUAAGUACUGUUGCAGAGAGUAAAACAGAGGAGUUAAAGACCAUCACAACUCAGUUCGAAGCUGCAGAAGCAGAGAGAAUAGAGUUAAGCUCCAUGCUAGAUGAACUUUGUAACACUAAUUUCAAAUUGGAGGAUCAAGUUACAGAGAAGACCACUCAACUGGAGAAAGUAACGGAAGUUAUUAAAACAAAGGAUGAAGAGCUGUUGAACCAAUCAAAGAUUAUAACUACCCUUGAGAAAGCUAAGGCUGAGGGUGAAGGAAGGAUUAAGGAACAAUGUACUCUACUAGAAGGCCAAGUGUCUUCGUUACAGGAGAAGUGCUCUCAGUUAGAAGUAUGUAUUGAAAACAAAAAUAAUGAGGUUAGCAGUGCAGUAGAAAAGACACAUCAGCUAACUAGUGAGCUGCUUAAUCUCCAAGAUGAGCUUGCAUCAAAAGGAGAGCUGAUUGAAGGAAUGGAGAAAGAGAAGGCAGCACUAGCAGAAAAUCUCCAGUACAAAACAACAGCCCUUGAAAAUAAGGAAAGAGAAUUGAAAGACGUUUCUGACAGUCUUCUGGACUUAAAAACAAAUGGACAAUCAGUUCAUGAGACAACACUUACAGAACUAGAAACCAUCACGAGAGAAGCUGCUUGUGUAACAGAGAAAUUCAAGCAAAGUGCUCUGGCCAUCGAGAUGAAAGAUCAAGAGCUUGAGAACUUAAGAAAGCAGCUUCAAAAUGUAGACAAGGAGAAACAAGAUUUGAGUGUAGAGUCACAGGCACUCCAUGACAAGAAUGUACAACUGACACAGAAGAUUUCAGACCUUCAGAACAACAUGGAGCAAAGUGCUGCAGCUAUUGACAUGAAAGAUCAAGAGGUUCAGAGCAUAACAAAGCAACUUCAAAUCGCACAGGAGGAAAAAGAAACCCUCGGUUCUGAGACACAACAACUCCAUGACAAGAAUGCAGUCCUGGCAGAAACGAUUGCCAAACUCCAGAACAAUGUGGAAAGGAUAUCAAGUGUGCUGCAAGGCAAGGAGGAAGAAUUAUUGACGAAGUCCUGUAAGCUGAAGGAAAUGGAAACUUCUGGUGACCAACAGAUGACAGAGUUGGAAGGCAAGUGUUCAGCUCAAGAAAGUAAGAUCACAUCAUUAGAACAAAAGUGUGCUCAGUUAGAGGCUUGCAUAGAGAGUAAGAAUGAAGAACUUGGCAGAACAAUGGCGUUACAAUUGGAAUUAUCUUCCAAAAUGUGCACACUACAAGAGGUGGUGGCAGGCAAUGAAGAGUCUAUGAAGGGUGUGGAGGAAGAACGGAACAGCAUGAAACAGAAGUUUGAACAACAACAAGUGGUCAUUGAAGAUAAGGAUGCGAAAUUUAGAGAAAUACGUGAACGUUUGGAAGAAGAGAAGGAUAAAAGUCAUCAGGUUGUUGAGUGCUAUCAGAAAGAAGUGAGAGAUUUGAAGAAUGAACUGGCUUUGCUGAGAGAAAAGAUUGAAAAAUUGAACUUUGUUGUUGAAAUGAAAGACCAAGAUGUUGAAUCAAUGUGUGAACAGUUAGAAGUUGCAACAGAAGAAAAGAGAGCUUUGGGCUCAAAACUGGAUGAACUUGCUGUGCAAUGUAAGCUACUGGAGGAAAAGAAUGCUCAAAUGGCAAAAAGUAGUGAACAUUUGUCAAACAUUCUCAAAAGCAAGAACGAAGAACUAGCUGAGAAAAGCCAAGAGAUAGAGGAACUUUAUAAAAAUGAAAGCAGCGAGAAAAUAUCUGAGUUACAAAGCCAGAACACUUCUCAAGGAGAAACAAUUGCCUCGUUACAAGAGAAAUGUAGCCAGCAGGAGUCUGUUAUUCAAAGCAAACAACUCACAAUCAUUGCUUUGGAAGCUAAUGUACAGGAGCUAACUGAAAAAGUCUGCCAACUUCAAGAGACGCUAGCAGAAUCUAGUGAUCAGGUGCGCAAAGGGAAAGAAGAAAAUGAUGCAUUGCUGAUUAAACUGGAUCAGAGUUCAACAGCUCUUGACCACAAAGAAAAGCAAGUGAAAGAAAGUUUGGAGUUGUUAGAAGUCGAGAGAAGCAAGCAGCAGUCAGAAUCAGAUGCGCAUUGCUUGAAAACAGAAACCCUCAAAGAAGAAGUUGUGUCACUGUCAGAAAGACUUGAAAAAGUGAGUGCUGUUGUUGAGGUUAAAGACCAAGAAAUAAUGGCCAUGAUUCAAAAGCUGAAAGUAGCAGAAGAGGAAAAGGCAGGACUCGCAAAUAAACUAGAUGAAGGAAGUUGCUUAAGCUCCACCUUGCAGGAGAAAAAUGCGGAUUUGGAAAACAAGCUGGAGCAGUUAUCUAAAGUACUAAAAACCAAUCAGGAAGAACUGACCGGUAAAUGCCAGCUGAUUGAAGAGUUACAGGCAGGAAGUGGAAAAGAACUAGCUGAAUUGAAAGAACAAGAUGUAGCACAAAAGAGUCAACUCUCACAGUUACAAGAAAAGUGUAGUCAUUUAGAAGCGUGCAUCGAUAGUAAAGAAUCAGAGUUGAAUGAUCUCCGUUGUAAAAUUGAAGCAUCUGAGAAUCUAGCUGAGGUAGAAGUUUCAAGUUUGACAGAAAAAUUGGAAAACACAGAAAUGGAGUUGAAAAGAAAAGGGUGUUCAGAAGAAGAACUUAUCGGCAAGCUUGCAGACAGAGAAAAUCAACUUGAAGAAGCAAACAACAUGGUUCGUCAGCAGCGUGAAGACAUACGGCAAUUAGAAACACAGAAGGAAAUGUUACAGAUGGAUCUAGAGGACAAGGAUUCUUUUAUUGAGUCACUAAACAAAAAGGUUGAACUCUUGGAAGGAGCAAUGUUGGAACUGAAGAAGAAGGUUUCCGAAAAGGAAGAGUUAAAUGAUUCCCUGAGAAGUGAACUUGCAGCUCUAUCCAGUCAACUCACUGCAAGUCUGUCAAAUGAGGAACAGAAGGAGACGAAUGUGUCACAACUUAUGCAAAAUAUCCAGACUUUGGAAGCUCAGUUGUUGGCCGAAACCAAGAAAAGUGGUACUCUUUCAGAGGAGCUACAGAGUGUGCAGGAAAUUCUGGAUAACAAACUUGUUACACUUGAAGAACAAGUGGGUGAAAUACAAGAACUAAAAGAGAACAAGAUUGCAAAUGAAGAUAAAGUGUCUAAACUCCAAAAUCAACUUGAUGUACUGGACAAGACUCUCACUAAAGCACAAAGUGACAGACUGGAGCUGGAACAGCUGCUGAGAACUGCUGAAUUGAAACAUGAAGAAGGUAUUAAGCGAAUGGAGGAAGAUAGGGAAUCUAAAGCCCUGGAACAGUGCAAAUUCUUGCGACAAAAAUCUGAAGAGUGUUCUUCGGCACUUGAGCAGCUUGAGAAAAGUAGGGAGGAGAUUGAACGACUAAAAGAGACAGUUGUGCUCCUUGAAAAUGUUUCAGCCACCAAAGACCAAGAGAAAACGAAGAUGGAAGAGUCUUAUGAAGCCUUGAGAGAGCAGAUGCAAAAGAGAGAGGAAGAGUUGAUAAGAACUUGUAAAGAUCUUGAAGAGGAGAAAUCGUCACUUCUUGAAAAGUCCAGAGAUUACCAAGCAGCAAUGGAAGCUUCAAAACAGGAGUGCAAAGUUUACCAGCAAGACUGUAAAAAAGCAUGUGAGCUGGCAGACUUAAAAGGCCAGGAUUACAGAGAUGUGGUUGACAAACUGGAUGACUCACAGAAGCAUCUACUGGAAACACGUCACCAACUUUCUCGUGCUGAAAAGACAUUGAAAGAAGUUGAAGAUGGGAUGCGAAAAGUGAACGAAGAGAAGGCCGAGCUAUCUGAGCAGAUGAAUCAACAAAAGGAAGAAUUUGAAGCUAGGAUAGAAGAGUUAAGGCGUGAGAUCGGCACCGGUCAAGACAAAAUGUCAGAACUCAGAAGACAAGUGGAAAGAAGUGAAGCAAUGUAUAGAGGUGUGGAAACCGAGAAGCAUGAGGUUGAACAAAUGUUGAAGCACGCAAAAGAAGAACUCUGUAAAGCUGAGAAAAAAAAAAGAGCCAGACAGAGGGAACUGGAUAUGGACUGUCAGCGCCAUAAUUCGGAAGCUGUUAUCAAAGGAAUGGAUGAGAAAUUAAAGGAAAAAGAUAAAGAACACAGACAAGAGCUGCUUUCCCAGUCGCAGGCCAUUUAUGCAUUGGAAAAACAGUGUGCCGAUCUGGAGAAGGCGUCCAGUACUCUGCAGAAUAAGUUUGACAACAGUCAGAAGAUGAUAGAAGCAAAAGAACACGACAUUGUUAGGUUGAAAGCAAGCCUGAGUGAAGCAGAAAACAGAAGUAACCAACAGAGCACUCAUCAUGAUAACAGGUUCAUGGAAUUACAGCAAAAAGUAAAAGAGCAGCAGGAAGAAUAUGUCAAGAUAAAGCAGGAAUUAGAUGAAACCAAAGUGAUUCUAAGGGAAAAAGAGAUGAAAAUUACUCAUUUAAACAGAAGCAUAGAAGAGCUGAAUCACACCAUUCAAGAAAAGGAGAAAGAACUGAGUUUCAAAGAGAACGAAAUUCGGGAGGCUCAGGGUGAAGACAACAAAAAACUAGCAUCAGCAAUGGAUGGGAUUUCUCUGUUAAAGAAACAGAAAGCUGACAUGGAAGCAGAAAACCAGAAAACACUGCAGAAAAUCUCAGAUGAAGCUACCACAGCUGUAAAGGAGCUUGAACUUGAACGACAAGAAGUCGUGAAGCUAAAGGAAAGAGUGGUUUACUUGGAGAAUGUUGUUGCUGGCAAGGAGAAAGAAAGCCAGUAUAGUGAAGACUCCUACAAGAUGUUGUGUGGGAAGCUGGAAGCAGCAGAGAUAGAUUUGGCCAAUAGCAAGGUGGAAUGGGCCAAGGAGAAGACUGUUUGGGAGGAAAAAGAAAGAUCUUUACAGAGCACCCUUGAAGCAAUGAAGAAUGACUCCAAAGCUAUGCAACAUGACUACAAGAAAGCUUGUGAGCUAGCUGAUAUGAAGUCUGCCGAGACCACUGACUUGGUUGAUAAGCUAGAAUCAUCUCAGAAGCACGUGCGUGAGCUUCAACAAAGACUGAGUCGCACUGAGACAGUUCUGAAGGAAAAAGAAAGCUCUGUAAGCUUCAUGAUGCAAGAAAAAGAGGGAUGGUUGAAAGAACAAAAACGUCGAGAAGAAGAAGCAGAAAAGAAGAAGGAAGAGCUAGAACAAUUAUAUGCUGACAGAACAACAGAAACCGAGAGACUGAAAGAAGUAUUAGAGUCUGCCAACGUGAAAUUGGAUGCAUCUAUGGCUAAAUGCACAGAAAAAGAAACUGAGAUGCAAAAACUGUCUACAACACUAGGAAAUGUCGAAUCGCAGUGUCAGGAACUACAAAAUUCUCUGCAAACAUAUGAAGAAAAUUUGACAAACAGUAAAGAAAUGUUGAAGAGGAAAGAGGUUCAUAUUCAGGAAAUCUCAGUUGAGUUAGAAUCAAAGGAGAAAGUUUUAUGUGAGUUGAAGCAGCAAAAUACAGAGACUCUAGCAAAACUGAAUGAAUUAGAGAAAGUUCACAGUUUCCUUAAAGUACAAAAAGAUGAAGAUCUCAAACUUAUUACGAGCAAGGAUGAAGAAAUUGCAUCAUUAGUGAAAGAGCUUAACGAGAUUCAAGGUGUUACUGAGAAGAAACUUGCCGAGAUAAAUGAACAGUCCAUUGCAACCCGGAAUGAGAUUGUGUUCUUGCAAGAAAACAAAGCAAACUUGGAAACAUUACUUCAGAACAGGGAGGUAGAGUUGUCAGCAGUCAAACAAGAAUCGAAGAGCUGCAGUGAAGAACUGGCCUUACUUCAGCAGCGUCUUGCAUCACAGGAGGAACUGGCUAAGGAAACUGGAAACGAAAAUGCAAAGUUGAUUAUUGAUCACAAACAAAUGUCUGAUGUUCUGACUACCACCAAAGCAGAGUUAGACGAAGUUUCCAAGAAUCUUAGACAACUGCAAUCUAAACAUCAGUCUGUUCUAGAACAGAAUAAUCUGGAAUUAGAGCAACUUAAGAGAGAAGAGGCAAGCUUGAAGGAAAGACUUAAACAAGUAAGUACUGUUGCAGAGAGUAAAACAGAGGAGUUAAAGACCAUCACAACUCAGUCGAAUAGGAUUAAGGAACAAUGUACUCUACUAGAAGGCCAAGUGUCUUCGUUACAGGAGAAGUGCUCUCAGUUAGAAGUAUGUAUUGAAAACAAAAAUAAUGAGGUUAGCAGUGCAGUAGAAAAGACACAUCAGCUAACUAGUGAGCUGCUUAAUCUCCAAGAUGAGCUUGCAUCAAAAGGAGAGCUGAUUGAAGGAAUGGAGAAAGAGAAGGCAGCACUAGCAGAAAAUCUCCAGUACAAAACAACAGCCCUUGAAAAUAAGGAAAGAGAAUUGAAAGACGUUUCUGACAGUCUUCUGGACUUAAAAACAAAUGGACAAUCAGUUCAUGAGACAACACUUACAGAACUAGAAACCAUCACGAGAGAAGCUGCUUGUGUAACAGAGAAAUUCAAGCAAAGUGCUCUGGCCAUCGAGAUGAAAGAUCAAGAGCUUGAGAACUUAAGAAAGCAGCUUCAAAAUGUAGACAAGGAGAAACAAGAUUUGAGUGUAGAGUCACAGGCACUCCAUGACAAGAAUGUACAACUGACACAGAAGAUUUCAGACCUUCAGAACAACAUGGAGCAAAGUGCUGCAGCUAUUGACAUGAAAGAUCAAGAGGUUCAGAGCAUAACAAAGCAACUUCAAAUCGCACAGGAGGAAAAAGAAACCCUCGGUUCUGAGACACAACAACUCCAUGACAAGAAUGCAGUCCUGGCAGAAACGAUUGCCAAACUCCAGAACAAUGUGGAAAGGAUAUCAAGUGUGCUGCAAGGCAAGGAGGAAGAAUUAUUGACGAAGUCCUGUAAGCUGAAGGAAAUGGAAACUUCUGGUGACCAACAGAUGACAGAGUUGGAAGGCAAGUGUUCAGCUCAAGAAAGUAAGAUCACAUCAUUAGAACAAAAGUGUGCUCAGUUAGAGGCUUGCAUAGAGAGUAAGAAUGAAGAACUUGGCAGAACAAUGGCGUUACAAUUGGAAUUAUCUUCCAAAAUGUGCACACUACAAGAGGUGGUGGCAGGCAAUGAAGAGUCUAUGAAGGGUGUGGAGGAAGAACGGAACAGCAUGAAACAGAAGUUUGAACAACAACAAGUGGUCAUUGAAGAUAAGGAUGCGAAAUUUAGAGAAAUACGUGAACGUUUGGAAGAAGAGAAGGAUAAAAGUCAUCAGGUUGUUGAGUGCUAUCAGAAAGAAGUGAGAGAUUUGAAGAAUGAACUGGCUUUGCUGAGAGAAAAGAUUGAAAAAUUGAACUUUGUUGUUGAAAUGAAAGACCAAGAUGUUGAAUCAAUGUGUGAACAGUUAGAAGUUGCAACAGAAGAAAAGAGAGCUUUGGGCUCAAAACUGGAUGAACUUGCUGUGCAAUGUAAGCUACUGGAGGAAAAGAAUGCUCAAAUGGCAAAAAGUAGUGAACAUUUGUCAAACAUUCUCAAAAGCAAGAACGAAGAACUAGCUGAGAAAAGCCAAGAGAUAGAGGAACUUUAUAAAAAUGAAAGCAGCGAGAAAAUAUCUGAGUUACAAAGCCAGAACACUUCUCAAGGAGAAACAAUUGCCUCGUUACAAGAGAAAUGUAGCCAGCAGGAGUCUGUUAUUCAAAGCAAACAACUCACAAUCAUUGCUUUGGAAGCUAAUGUACAGGAGCUAACUGAAAAAGUCUGCCAACUUCAAGAGACGCUAGCAGAAUCUAGUGAUCAGGUGCGCAAAGGGAAAGAAGAAAAUGAUGCAUUGCUGAUUAAACUGGAUCAGAGUUCAACAGCUCUUGACCACAAAGAAAAGCAAGUGAAAGAAAGUUUGGAGUUGUUAGAAGUCGAGAGAAGCAAGCAGCAGUCAGAAUCAGAUGCGCAUUGCUUGAAAACAGAAACCCUCAAAGAAGAAGUUGUGUCACUGUCAGAAAGACUUGAAAAAGUGAGUGCUGUUGUUGAGGUUAAAGACCAAGAAAUAAUGGCCAUGAUUCAAAAGCUGAAAGUAGCAGAAGAGGAAAAGGCAGGACUCGCAAAUAAACUAGAUGAAGGAAGUUGCUUAAGCUCCACCUUGCAGGAGAAAAAUGCGGAUUUGGAAAACAAGCUGGAGCAGUUAUCUAAAGUACUAAAAACCAAUCAGGAAGAACUGACCGGUAAAUGCCAGCUGAUUGAAGAGUUACAGGCAGGAAGUGGAAAAGAACUAGCUGAAUUGAAAGAACAAGAUGUAGCACAAAAGAGUCAACUCUCACAGUUACAAGAAAAGUGUAGUCAUUUAGAAGCGUGCAUCGAUAGUAAAGAAUCAGAGUUGAAUGAUCUCCGUUGUAAAAUUGAAGCAUCUGAGAAUCUAGCUGAGGUAGAAGUUUCAAGUUUGACAGAAAAAUUGGAAAACACAGAAAUGGAGUUGAAAAGAAAAGGGUGUUCAGAAGAAGAACUUAUCGGCAAGCUUGCAGACAGAGAAAAUCAACUUGAAGAAGCAAACAACAUGGUUCGUCAGCAGCGUGAAGACAUACGGCAAUUAGAAACACAGAAGGAAAUGUUACAGAUGGAUCUAGAGGACAAGGAUUCUUUUAUUGAGUCACUAAACAAAAAGGUUGAACUCUUGGAAGGAGCAAUGUUGGAACUGAAGAAGAAGGUUUCCGAAAAGGAAGAGUUAAAUGAUUCCCUGAGAAGUGAACUUGCAGCUCUAUCCAGUCAACUCACUGCAAGUCUGUCAAAUGAGGAACAGAAGGAGACGAAUGUGUCACAACUUAUGCAAAAUAUCCAGACUUUGGAAGCUCAGUUGUUGGCCGAAACCAAGAAAAGUGGUACUCUUUCAGAGGAGCUACAGAGUGUGCAGGAAAUUCUGGAUAACAAACUUGUUACACUUGAAGAACAAGUGGGUGAAAUACAAGAACUAAAAGAGAACAAGAUUGCAAAUGAAGAUAAAGUGUCUAAACUCCAAAAUCAACUUGAUGUACUGGACAAGACUCUCACUAAAGCACAAAGUGACAGACUGGAGCUGGAACAGCUGCUGAGAACUGCUGAAUUGAAACAUGAAGAAGGUAUUAAGCGAAUGGAGGAAGAUAGGGAAUCUAAAGCCCUGGAACAGUGCAAAUUCUUGCGACAAAAAUCUGAAGAGUGUUCUUCGGCACUUGAGCAGCUUGAGAAAAGUAGGGAGGAGAUUGAACGACUAAAAGAGACAGUUGUGCUCCUUGAAAAUGUUUCAGCCACCAAAGACCAAGAGAAAACGAAGAUGGAAGAGUCUUAUGAAGCCUUGAGAGAGCAGAUGCAAAAGAGAGAGGAAGAGUUGAUAAGAACUUGUAAAGAUCUUGAAGAGGAGAAAUCGUCACUUCUUGAAAAGUCCAGAGAUUACCAAGCAGCAAUGGAAGCUUCAAAACAGGAGUGCAAAGUUUACCAGCAAGACUGUAAAAAAGCAUGUGAGCUGGCAGACUUAAAAGGCCAGGAUUACAGAGAUGUGGUUGACAAACUGGAUGACUCACAGAAGCAUCUACUGGAAACACGUCACCAACUUUCUCGUGCUGAAAAGACAUUGAAAGAAGUUGAAGAUGGGAUGCGAAAAGUGAACGAAGAGAAGGCCGAGCUAUCUGAGCAGAUGAAUCAACAAAAGGAAGAAUUUGAAGCUAGGAUAGAAGAGUUAAGGCGUGAGAUCGGCACCGGUCAAGACAAAAUGUCAGAACUCAGAAGACAAGUGGAAAGAAGUGAAGCAAUGUAUAGAGGUGUGGAAACCGAGAAGCAUGAGGUUGAACAAAUGUUGAAGCACGCAAAAGAAGAACUCUGUAAAGCUGAGAAAAAGUUACAGUCCUUUGUUAGUGACAAAGAUGAGAUAGAAGUAAUGGGGAGAAUCAAAGAGGAAAGUGAAAAGAUGAUCAGUAUUCUUCAGGAUCAGGUGCAGUCUUUGGAGGCCAGCAAAGGCGAACUGAAAUCCGAUUUAGAAGACACGAAGAAAGAGUUGACCGAUCUUCAAGAUGAUUUACGUCACAUGGAAGCUCAGCAUACCUCGGCAAUGGCCUUAAAAGAUUCCGAGCUUGACGAAACGAGAGAAAAAGUGAAAGAAAAAGAGCAGCUUGCCAACAAUUUGGUGGAGAAGUUACAGAGAGAGAUUGAUUGCUGUCAGGGAAAAGUUCAGGAGGCAGAAAGUAAAAUUGCAGACCUCUUGUCAGAGAAGCAAGAAUGGUGUUCAGUGUUGGACAAGAAAACUGCAGAGGUGGCUCAGUUGUCUACCCAAAACAGUGAACUGGAACAUGCUUGUGAAGAGUUAAAACGAGUGAAAGAGAGUUUGAAGGAGAGACUAGCCAGGCAGAACAAUGAAUUAGCAGAAGUGUCCCUCAAGAAGGGAAGACUUGAGGAAGAGUUGCGUGUUGUUAGAAUGGAACUGGAAAUGACAAGUAAACAGUCAGUGGAUGACAUGAGAAAACAUGAAGAGGACAAAGGAGAGAAGGACAAAGAGUUAGAGAAGCUACAGAACCUGCUAAAGGCGAGAUGUUCUCAGGUGGAAAAACUUCAAAGAAAUCUUAGUGAGCAAACUGAAAAGCUCGAGUCUUUCAAGAGCCAAGUCAGUUCACUGACAGAUGAACUGGUUACUCUCAAGGCAAAGCAUGAACAAUGUCAGCAGAAAGAGGAUGGAUCAAGUGAUCUGCAGGAACAAAUCGUGCAGUUGAAGCAUUCAUUGCUCCGAGAACAAUCAAACAACGAAGCCGUGAUGCGCGCAUUUCAAGAACAAGAAAAGCAAUGGGAAGAGGAGAAAACAAAGAUAUUGUCGUCAUUGAAGAAUAGUUCGGCAAAUGCCGAGUCAUUGAUUGCAGAAGAAAACGUCAGUUUGAAAAGAACACUAGAUGAGUUGCAAAGAGACCUCAAUACCAGGGAACAAGAACACACAGAGAUACUUCAACAGACAGAAAGGCGAGCUUCUUCAGCUGCUAACUUGAAACUGGAUCUUCAAACCAAAAUAAGAGCACUUGAAUCCCAAUGUGAAGAACUGAAGUACAAAUUGGUACAGAAAGGCGAAGAGAUCUUUGAGAAGGAUGAGUGUUUAAAGAAGACAAAUCUUGAAGUCAGCAGGCUUGAGGCUAAGUAUGUUGCAGCAGAAGAGGUUGAGCGUGAGUUGCGGCAUCACUUGGGAGAGGUUACCCAGCAGCUGGAGUGGAGCAAAGAAAAUAAAUCUGAAACAGUUCUAGAAGGAUACAGAGAUGAGGAAACUGAUCAGCAAAACCUAAAGGAGGCUUUGAAUGCAGCUAAAAGAGAGCUUGCAGUUCUGAGAGCAGAAAAGCAAGAGCAAGAUCGUGAAAGCCUUGAAGAUCAGAGACGAGAAAUUGUUGAAGCAGCCAAGCAGUUCGCCUUGCAGCAAGAAGAGAGAUUCAGCAAGAAGAUUGAGAAUCUAGAGCAUAAACUGGCAGCAAAAAAUGACGAGCUACAAGAUAUGGAAUCGGCUGUGCAACAGCUGCGGCAUGAUCUCAAAACGGUUCAACAUGAAAAGGAUGUUCUUAUAGAAGCGGCAGAUGAGAGGGACAGAGAACAUGAUGCAGAAAGAAAAUUAUGGAGUUCAGGAAGUUACAGUUAUGAGAAAAUUCAACAAUUUAUCUCCGAUUUAGAAGAGGAACGACAAAACGUGACUCAGCUACAGGAAAAAUGCAGCAGGCUAGAAGAGAAACUGAAAGAACUGAGAAACGUGAACUCUUCACUACAAAAGAAUCUGAGUGAGAUUCAAAAGGAGAAAAUACUUGACAGUGAGGAAAGGGAGGUUAGGGAAGACGACUUGUACAGCAAAGUUGACUUACUGAAAGCUGAAUCAGAAAAACUAAAGGAAGAAUUAAAAGCAAAAGGAGUUCUGAUUGCUAGCUUGACUGACGAAAAAGCCAAGUUGUUCAAAACGGUCGCAGCCUUAGAGGAGAAGCUGGAAAAAUCCGCCCAGGUUGUUGCGGAACUGCAACAGCAAUGUGACUUGACAAGGGAACAGUUUGAAACUUUGAGAAUCGAGAAAGGUCAUCUGCAAGAAGAGAAGGAUGCAUCCCUGAUGCAAAAGAGCCAGGACAAGUUUAUUCUGGAGAAUUCUGCCAAGAAACAGCGAGAACUUGAAGAGAGGUUACAGGAGGAAUUGAAGGAUAAGAACAAACUGUCAGAUUCGUUGAAAGAUAUGGAAAGGAUGCUUGCAGAAGAGAGGGAAUGUCUGAAGAUAAAGACAAAGGAGCUUGCUGAAAUGAAGACCCUAUUGAAGCUUGCUGACAAAGAAAAUGAAGAGUCUGUUAAAGAAAAGGAAACAAGAGUAGUCGAACUGACAUUUGCGUAUGAAGAACUUAGAAACAAACUUAUUGAGGAGAGCAGAAAAUUAGAAGAAAAAUGUAAAGAGCUGGAGCUAGUUAAAAAUCAGCUUAAACAAGCACAAGAGAAGAGCGAAGAAAUGAAGGAAGACUAUGAGAGAGAGUUGGACAGAAUCAAGUUUGAAUUGAAGGAUUCCAACAGUGAUUGCAAGUUGUUGCAGGAAGAAAAUGAAGGCCUCAAACAUAAUUCAACUCGAGGCAGAGACCAGGUUGAGUUGGUUCAAGAGAAUAAAAAACUUCUUUUCCAGCUCGAGGAGUCUAAACUGAGGUUUAGUCAUGCAAAGCGUCGUAAAGAAGAGCUGGAAAGUGAACUAGAUCAAGCUAACCUGAAGGUGAUUUCUCUUGAAAGUAAAGGAAAGUCGACCGGGACAGAAGAAAUAAAACGACUUAAGAACCAAGUUAGCGAACUAAACAACGAAAUUCAGAAGUGGAAGGGUAAAGCUAAUAAAGAACAAACAGACCGUGAAGAUAUCACUGGCAAGGACAGGAAGAUAAAUGACCUCAGACGUGAAGUAUGCAAACUGCAGGAAGAAGUUAAAAAAUUGAAAGCUCAGGCUAAAGAGAACUCUAAGGCUGUCGAAACAAACCUAGAAAACCUAGAGAAGCGUUAUCGGGAGAGAGAUAGUGAAUCACCAAGCACCGAACUUGGUACUGUUGGAAAGACCUCAAACGAAUUAAACAAACCAAAUUCCUCCAGAGUGAACGAAGUGAAAACUGUUAGCAACACUGGAGUACUUCUCUCACCACUUGCAAAAUCCUUGUCAAACUUGGAUAUAAAGUCACUGCCUAUGUCUUCUUCCGCUAAGGCAACGCAGCCGACUACCACUAAAGAAACAUUGUCAAGGACUACAAAGGACUCUCAACCCCUGACUCAGAACGACAAAGAUACCGAGGCAAAGGGUUUGGCCGCUGGACGAGUUAUCACUAAACCAAGUGGAACUGUUGAUUCCAAGAAAAGGGCGGGCGAACAAGCCACAGAGAACAACCUUGCCAAACGAUGCCGGUUGUCCAGUUAUAGCCAAGCGGUCGACCAGCUCUCCACGGGGAUGCUCAAAGCUGAUAGUAAGGGAUGUGCCAACAAACCAGGCCCUUCCAUCCAAUCAUCGUCUACUCAACAUGGCAGAACCCCAGGAAUGAAAACCCGGAGUGCAGCAAAAAGAAAUGUACAGGCUGCGAGGAGAGAAAAUCCAGAGUCAACUCGCGCCCAACCACGAGCACAGUUUGCACCUCCAGAGAUGGCUCUGUCACCACGAAGGACAAACAUUUCAAACAUUCCUCAAGGCCCGAGAACGAAGAUCCCUAAACCCGGCAGGAGUCAGGUGCCGAGGCCUGCCGAGACACAAAUUCCUGCUCCCUCUGCAAGACAGCGUAAACCUCGCGGACCACUGGCGCCUAGAGAGAAUGCGUCUAAGCCCGCGGGCGACCAACCAGAGUGCAAGAUGCAGUAGCCACAUGUGCGAGCAACGGCGAGUCCUUGCCUGUUUGUGGUUGCUUAAUUUUUGGUUGUAUUUUUUGAGAGUUACAUUGUAUAAAGCUGUUUAUUAUAGUUCUUUGUAUUAUAUCUAGACAAGAUAGAAUCUCAUAGUGAGCAAAUGCUGUUGAUGUUACAAUACAGCUUACCUCACGACUUAAACCAUAGGUAGUGAACAGUAAGAUUGAAAGAAUCCGAGAUGAAGUAAUUUUAAAUGCUAUUUUAUUUAGUGGCCGAGAAAAAAAAUACCUGUUAGUUAUUAAGCCAUAUUGUUUGUACCUUUCUUAUAUUUCCUCUUUAUCCCUUUCUUUUUGGUUUUUGUUUAUCAAAAAGAAACAUUGUAACCGUAGGAAGUUGAUUCUUGGUGCGUUUGUAUUAAUUUGCCAUAUAAUUAGUGUUAGAUAAUGUUGUUACUGUUGUAAGGAAGCUUUCUUUACGAUAUUACAAAUGUGAACAGCCGUCA